CCGCCUCAGACACAGCCGCUUUUCUGGCUCCGGGAAAAACAGUCAAGUUUUCCGCGCGGUUUUCAACAUUACAAACACUUUUCGUAUAUCUUUUAUAUUAAUAAUAAUAUACAUAAUUCGUACUUACUCUAGUCCAUUUGAAAUUAUAGGUAACCAAUUAAGUUCACGGUAUUCAAUUAUCAGAAUCCUUAAUGAUUCAGUGCAAAUAUUUAUAUCAGUGAAUUUUUAUUAGUUUUAAAAUAAAAAUAUUUUAAAAUCAAUUCAUCUUUACCUACUAAUAUCAGUCACGAGUUCUAAACUGUAAUGAAAUCAUGAAGGUCCCCGCUCAAGUCAUACUGUUCCUCAGUGCAGUCUCAGUAGUAACACCAGGCAACUGGCACCGGCGGAACACCACGGGCUCACUCAACAAACACUGCAGCCUGGUAGACCACUCGUUAAGCACCCAGUGUGUGCAGACACAGUACCGGCUGCUCUGCAGAGGCGGCUUGACCAGAGAGUGGAUGAGGCAGGUCAAACAUGACAUAUCACAUCUCAGGGUGCUGGACUGUCCAGGCCCCUGCGUCAAUAUAACCAGAAUACAGCAACAGUUCCCAGAGCUAAGGAUUCUGGAACUCAUCAACUGCACUUCCCUGUAUACCUUUAAGGGACACUUCGGGACUCUUAGUAAAAUUAAGGAGCUUGUGAUUCGCGGCUCUCCCUCGCUAUGGGAGAUGCCGGCUGGAGUCAUCAUGCAUAUGCCUGAACUGCGAGACCUAGACCUCCGAGGGAACGGCAUCAGGCACAUGCGAGAGGACCUACUGAGCGGGCCCCCUGCUUUGGAAAGGGUGCAUUUGAGUGAUAACCAAUGGGACUGCAGUGACGGAGGACUGGACUGGCUAGCCAUGCAGGACGAGCACAGUGCAGCUAGAAAAAGGAUCGUAGACUACGAGCAGCUCGUCUGCCACCAACAGCUGUAUAGAGGGAAACCGCUGCACAAAGUCAUGGAUAUUAUAAAGACAAUGCACCAAACGUGUCCAGAGCCAUGCGCAUGCACCAUGACCCACGUCGUGUCCGACGCAGCAGGGGCCGUCAUUCCGCUGAUAACCGUGAACUGUGCCAGCAAGCAGCUUGCAGCGCCGCCGGCGUCGCUGCCUCCCAACACCACCACGUUGCGACUCGAGGGCAACAAGAUAAACACAAUACGGUCUAUAGUCCAAAAUCCCCAGUACAGAAAACUGGCAGACCUCGUGCUGGACAAUAACAGCAUAUCAGCUGUGAAAGAGCUGGAAGGAUCUGAGUGGUUCACCACGUUUCGCGUGCUGAGUCUCCGUGGGAAUCUGCUAAAACAGAUACCUGUGUACGCCUUCGACAAGGCGUUUCAGGUGAACAACAACAUAAUGCACGUGUUCCUCGGUCACAACCCUUGGAGGUGUGACUGCCACUUCAUCCCGCGCUUCCAAGGGCUCCUAUUGAAGUACAGAAGGGUGAUACGAGACUUGCCCGACAUCAGGUGCUCGAAAUCAGAUGACAAAACGACAUCUUUCGUACAGAUCAGCACGAUGCCUUUGGGAAACGUUUGCAAUAGCGAGAUGGAGAUGCCCAUUAGCACCAUCAACGUCGUCAAUUUGGUGCUUCUAGCUUUAAUCAUGAUGGUGUUAGGGAAGUUCUUAUACGACUGGCGAAACUUUAAAGCUACGGGAAAGCUACCGUGGCUGUCUUCGAUACUACCGUGAAUUAAAUUAUCGUUGAUCUGGA